UCACAUGCAAGGGAAUUCAGAGAUUUAUUCAGACAAGACAACAGACGAAGACGCGCGUGGAGUUUUUAGUAUAUUUUUAUUAGUUUUAAGUCCGUUUUUGUUAAACAAAAUUAAUGCCGGUGUCAUAGAAACUAUUGCAGGACACGCAUUAAUUAAAAGAAGAGUUUGGAAACACCGCCAAAGAAGAAACAAUACAACAGAAGAAGGCAGGCAGAACAAGCAUAAACAAAAGUAAACGUUUACCCAAACGGCGGCAAAGCUGAGCAGAGUCACAACACAACAACAACAAAAACCACCACCGCCAUCAUACAGCAAACGUAAACAAAAGAAAAAUGGGCCGCAGUCCCUCCCCUUCCCAUAGACGGCGUGAGAAAGAACGUUCGGAACGUAAAAAACGACGAGAACGUCGUUCAAGGGAACGUGAAAGGGGUGGUGGUACAACGGGUGCCGAUAGUGAUGUUGAAAUUGUACCCACAACCAGUAGUUCCGGCCGUAGUUUAAGAAGACGUUCGCCCCAUCAUCGUGAACGAGAAAGGGAUCGCGAGCGUGAACGUGAUCGUAGCCGCAGUCGCAGCCGGGGUCGAGGAAGACGACGUUCGAGAUCCCGUUCCUAUGGCCGUGGUGGCUCUAGCUCAGCGUCAACAUCAUCACGCCGCCGUGGCGGUACUGCACGCACUGAUCGUCCCAAAAUCAGUGAAGCCGAUUUAGAGGGAAAAUCGCCAGAAGAAAUUGAAAUGCUUAAAACCAUGGGUUUCUGUACGUUCGACACAACCAAAAAUCGCAAAGUUGAGGGCAAUGAUGUCGGAGAAGUACAUGUAAUCCUUAAACGAAAAUAUCGCCAGUACAUGAAUCGUAAAGGUGGUUUCAAUCGCCCCUUGGAUUUUGUGGCAUAGCAUUGCCAUUAUUGUUUGUAUGGCAUCCACAGAAUCACCAACACCACCACCACCAGCAUCAUGAUCAUCAUCAUCCUGAUGAUCACAACUACUCCUUAGUAGUUCUAAUAAUGUUAAUUUUUGUUAAAGAACAAAUUGAGGAUAAUUUUUGUGGAAUUGGAAAUAUGGUAUUUUCCAAUUAUGCAUUUAUUAUCAUUAGUUUGUCGCACUGUAACAAGAAACCUGCAAUUUUAUGCAAUAGACCGGUUUACAAAAUUUUACAAUUUUCUAACAGAAUCAAAAUUUCCACCACACCACACCUACCUCUCUCAUAUAUAUAGUUAUUAGUAAGACUACCUAUACAUAGGACAUUUUUUGUUUUGUAAAAAAGAAACUAACAAGUUGAGUUUUUGUUGCCAUAAAUGUUUGGUCUGUUCCCGAACUGCAAGAACGUAAAAGUUUUUUCCCUUUAUGAUAACGAAAAAAAAUUGUAAAAAUAAUAGAUUCUUGCAGAUUCUGGAACAGAGCAAAUGUUAUAAGCAGGAAUAGGAAUCUACUAUAAAAUAGAAAUUAAUAUGGAUUUUUUUUCAGAACCCUUCAUAAGAGAGUUUCAUGAAUAAAGUAACUUAACAGAGUUUUAAACAUAGAUUUGGUAUUGAAGGAAGAUCUGAGUUUACCCAUAAAACUAUCUGAUGAAUCUACAUUCUCUCCAAGCCAUACAUUAAAUUUUCCAAUCAGAAAUUCUUUGAUGAUACUAAAAUACCAAAACUUCUUGUAUUCGAAUGCAAAUAUCCUUGUCCAUCCAUAUUAAUUUCUGUUAACAACUAGGAGUCAUAUUUCUCGAAACUCAACAUACACACACCCUUACAUAAGACAACUUGUUUUGAAUUAACUGCUGUAUUCUGAAUACAAAUCCAAAAAAAGAAAAACCACAACAACACUACAUACCAUACAACAAACUCCCCCCUCCACCCCAACCCCCUACAAUAGACAGUUACAAACUUACUUACACCCCAUACACUCACCCACACAUACACACACACAACACUUUAUCCUCCAUACACUGCAAUAGUACAAUUUUUUGUUAACUAGAUUUUAAUAAAAUUGUGAUUUUUUAUUAAAUAUUU